AUGUCGAACCCUCCGCGCGAGAUUGGAACCCUCAUUGUUGUAAUCCUCAAGGCGAGAAAUCUACCAAAUAAACGUCACAUUGGGAAACAAGAUCCUUACUGCACGGUGGUGCUCAAUGGAGAGAAGAGGAGGACGAAAGCGAUCCGGAAGGGAGGCCAACAUCCCGAGUGGGACGAAGAGAUCCGUUUCACAGUGUACGAGGAUCCCAAUGGCGAACCGACGCGUACUGUCAAUGGUGAUGGAACACCACCUCCACCACCUCCCAAGAGUGUUGUAAAAGGCCCUCCGAAGAUUCAAGGUGGUUGCUUUAUGGCACUGGCAUGCUAUGCAGAAGACCUCCGUGAACCAGAUCUCAUAGGGGAGACGAAAGUAGACUUGACCGAGGUUCUCACCAAGGGUGAAACGGAUGAAUGGUUCACUCUCAUGUACAAAGAGAAGUACUGUGGCGAGGUUUACCUAGAGUUGACAUUCUGGUCGAAUGAACCAGAACCCAAGAAGAAAAACUCGACCAAGCCAAAGGGGCAAAAGCAGUACGGAGGUCCCGGCUCGUUUGUUCCUGCAGGAGAGCCCUCCUCUCAAACCGACUUGGACGUUCCACCGUCGCUCCGACCUUCCCACUCGGUCGCCCAGCUUGGGUUAUACGUCGCUCCCUAUGAAACCUCGCGAUCCCGUCACUCAGUAGCGGACAGCCUCACGAGCAGCUUCUCAGAGCUAGGUAUCGUAGACCAAGGGAGCAGGAGACAGAGUUUUCCUCCUCAACAUACUGGAUAUCCACCCGGCCCCGCGUCGUCCGUCGGAUUCCAGGAUCAGCAAGUAGUGUCUCACCAAACAUCGUUUAGUUUCCAGCAGCCAGCAUACUCCGAAGGGUCUGGGUCGUAUUCGUACCCAUCAGAUGUGCCUGCACAUUCUACGGGAGCGUCAUAUCAUCAGAGCACGAUGUCCAUGAGCCACGAUCCUUACCAGCCUCCGUACGAAACGACGCAUACACCUCCCUCUAGCUAUCAGCCACCUCCGUCUAUCGCGCACUCAUCGGCGCCUACCCCCGCACCAGCCGGGUAUGGCCCCCCGGUGCGGAUACCUAUCCCGUCUUCGAGCUUCUCGGGCUUGACACAGCCGCCGGUGGGCUCUUCGGGAUUCGUGCCUUCGGGCCCACCACCACCUUCGACAAAUUACCACCAAUCUGUUCCACAGCUCCCACCAUCGUCGAACGGGUUCCCUUACCAGCAGUAUGCGCCUCAUCCGCACGGGACGUUCAGUCCGCCCAUUCCAGGACAGCAAGGAUCGUACAACCCUCCGCAGAUAUCAUCACCCACAUCGUACAAUGGACCGGCCAGUCCUGCUCUCGCGAGGGCGCCUUCCGGGUCGUUUAGCACCCAAGGAAGCCAAACAGGCUUGUACACACAAUCCACAGGUGGGUCGGCCCUGUUGUAUAACCAGCAGACUGGUGCCCAGCCCGGAUCGUACAAUCCCCCUGGGCCCCAGCCUGCGAGUCUCUAUAACUCGAUCCCACCUCCGCCACCGCUUCCGCGUCAUCGGAGCGUGUCGCCCGCCCCGUAUCAACCAAACGGCCAGGCGCAGGCCCUUGGCCCAUCGCCAACGGUUCCGCCGCAGUCGCAGUUCCAGCCACCAGUGCAGAAUGGCCUUGUUCCACCACAGCAGAUGAUAUCCAGGCGGCCGAGCCUCCCCUCUCCUCCUAACAUGGGAUAUAACCAACCACAGUACGCAUACCAGGCUCUUCCGCCCCCUCCUCCACCCCCCAAUAUGCCUCCUCACGCACAAUACGAGCCCAUAUCGACCUUGCCAUCUGGCAGUCAGAGCCAGACGUUCAAUCCCGGCCCCCUUCCACGACCACCCGCGCAACCCAACGGACAACCCCAGUACAUUCCACCCUCGUUAAACCAGCCUUCCUGGGGGACAUGGUCACCUCCAAUUGAACCUGGCUGGUGA